AUGCAAAAAAAAGAAAAUCGAUUUUUCUUACCUCCUGAUGCUUAAGUAUGUUUCUUGUGGGAACAAAGUGAGUUCACUCAUGGCGUUGAACUCAGACGACGACGAUGACUGGGUGCUUCUGAGAUGCACCGACCCUCAUCAGACAGACCCGCCAGAGUCCGAUCACACAGAGAUUCUCAUUUCAACCGCAGACAUCUCCACCUGGGACUUUCCCACAAUCCUCACUCACCAAUUCUUCAUAGUCAAGUCCAAACGAAGCAGGCUCAUCCAACACUCCUCGUAUUUUCGUGGCCUUCUCUGCGGCACCUUUAGUGACUCAGGCCUAAAUUGUAUAUCAAUCAAGUGGAACCUAGAAACGUUCAUGAGUAUUCUAAAGAUUAUAUUUGACUUUCCUGUGGAUGUUACAUCAAACAAUUUUCUGCUUCUGUUUGAGGGUGCAUUAUUUUUUGGAGUGGAGUUGCUUCUUUUGAAAUUGAAGGCUUGGUUAAUUGAUGUAACAUCAUUGAAAGACCUUUGCUCAUUGCAAAUACAAUUGGAUGAUUUAAUCAAUAUUUGGAAGUUUGGUAUAGAACAUGCAAGUGAUUUCAUUCCAGAACUCUGUACAAGCUAUCUUGCGAGGAACUUUAUGUGGGCAACACAUUGCAACUCUUUUCUUCAUAUACCCUGCAAUUUAUUAGUUUCUUGCAUAAAGCAUCCUGAUUUGACCGUAGACAGUGAAUGGCAUCUUGCUGAUGCUUUUAUAGUUUGGCUCACUGCUAACACGGAACAGUUUGAGAGCUCAAGCAGCACCAGAGAUGAUUGCAAUGGCAUCCUAAAGGAGAUCCGCAUUAGCCUCUUACCAUUGUGGUUUGCUGCAGGGAAAAGAAGAUGCUGCUACUUUUUGAAAUUUGCUAACCAGAGCAUUGAAGCUAUCCUUGAUCUAACAGCACAUUCAUCUACUAGCAUGAUGAAUGUCUUGGGAGACAUUGGCUCACACCACCUCAAGAUCAGAUUGACACAAUAUACCAAGAAAGUGGACCUUUCAGGUUGCCCACAAAUGAAGUUCGCAAUUCUACUCGUGUCAAUGCUUCUUUGUUCACACAGUACUGACCCCAUGCCGAGCAAGGUUAUUAAACAGUUUUCGAUAAACCUUGAACAGCUUGAUAAGAAUCAAUGGCAGAAUGCAUGGGCUUUACUGCCAACAUUGUCUUUUGAAGUAGUAGAGGAAGUGGAUAUUUCCAACUGUCCAGGGCUAUACCUUGAAGCUGCCAUUGAGUGCUUCUGCAAGUCAUUUCCAUGCUUGAGAGUAUUGAAGGCAGCCCACUCUUUGAACUUCAGGAUGAUGAAGUUGUGUCAACUGGUGCAAAAAUGUCCCCUCCUUAGUGAAGUUGACUUAACGGUGGAUGUCAGUCCAGUUAUACCAUCACAAGUCUCAGUUGUAUCUUCAAGUCCAGCAUUAACAUCGCGAGGUUCAACAGUAUCUUUAGAAAUUGAUGCUUAUCCUUCGGGUGCUUCACAGUUAUAUAUGUCCAAAUCAUUGCUAUCAAAUAUUACAAAACUCACAUUGGAAGGUCGAGUGGAUGUGAGUGAUUAUGAGCUAAAAAAUAUCUCAGAAUUAUGUGCUUCCUUAUGUUACCUGAACCUUAGAGGGUGUACUUCAGUGACAGAUGCUGGCAUCUCAAUUCUUGUACUCAGAUGUAUAAAGCUGCAUUCACUUGUUGUCUGUGAUACUUCUUUUGGACAAAACUCUAUUCUGGCUCUGACAUCUGGCAUUCCUAAUUUAAACCGCUUUCGUACUCAGCAAACUGAUGACAACAAUGCCAAAUCAUUGGCUUUUAAGCUUCAAGUGCUGCAUAUGGGUGGCUGCAAUGGUGUUGAUGAAACAUCUCUUUCAAAGCUUAUGUCUGAAACAACCAUGCUAAAGAGUCUUUGUUUGAGGGAGACUCAAAUUAUUGAUAGCACUCUUUAUAGUUUCCUUGGGUCUUUCCUGGAAAUGCUUGAUGUUUCUGAUACUAAGGUCUCCAGUGCUGCUUUAGCUCACAUUAUCUCUAGAAAUCCUGGUCUGAAAUGUUUGAAGGCAAAGGGAUGCAGGAAUCUGUUUCACCAGAAAAGCAAGACAGAAGGGGGAGUUUUUUCUUCUUUCAAAUAUUCAUGCAGAGAAUGGUAUAUUGAGCUAGGAGAAACCUGCAAUUUGGAAGAAAUUGCACUUGGAUGGGGUUUUUCUUGCUUUUCUCUAGAAGCUUUGAAACCUGCAAUUACAACACUAAGAGCAAUAACAGUGGGUUUAGGUGCAUCGUUAGGUCAAGAUUCACUAGAACUCCUACCCACUACUUGCCCUUUGCUAGAGACGGUGAUCCUUUAUUUUCAGGUGAUCUCUGAUUGUGUCUUAAUAAACAUUAUGGAAUCAUUGAGACACUUGCAAGUUUUGGCUCUCUGCCACUGUCUUGGUGAUAUAUCCCCUGUAAGCUUUAAGUACAGUGUGCCAAAUUUGAGGAAAUUGAAGCUUGAAAGGGUAACUCCAUGGAUGACCAAUGAUGAUUUGGUUAUUCUGACUCAGAACUGUGCAAAUUUGAUUGAGCUUUCGUUGCUAGGAUGCAGACUUCUCAAUUCAGAUUCGCAACAGAUCAUUUCAAGUGGCUGGCCAGGCUUGAUUUCUAUUCAUCUAGAGGUUUGCCACUGCCCUUUUUAUCCAGGACUGUGGAGAAGUAACUAGAAACGGUGUUGCUUCUCUUUUUGACUGCAAAGCUGUUGAAGAUAUCAUGCUGCGUCAUAAU